CAUCAAACCCGACAGUUAUUACUGCCAAGUCAACGAAGAAGAGUCUACUCUACACUAGUCUAUCUAAAAUCAUAUCUUAUAUUUUAGAAGUGCAUAUUUUAUUACAUUUCAAGCUAAAGCAACAUGACACUAGAUCAGGAAUUUGAAAAAGCUGCCGAAGAUAUUAAAUCUUUGACUAAACGACCAUCAGACGAUGAAUUGUUAGAAUUAUACGGUCUUUUUAAACAGGCUACGGUUGGUGACGUUGAUACUGCUCGUCCGGGAAUGUUGGAUCUAAAAGGCAAAGCUAAAUGGGAUCGAUGGAAUAGUAAGAAAGGAAUUUCAAAGACCGACGCUAAAAAAUCAUACAUUGCUUAUGCAAUGGGAUUACUCGCAACAUAUAAAUAAAUAAUUAUACUUUUACUUUACAUCUUAAUGUAUACAUCACUCUUUAAUUAUUUUACUUAAUUUUUAUUCUAAACUCUUACAAACAAAACUUUUAAAAUAUAAUACAUUAUGAUAUAUAUUAAUUCAAAUUUUUUAUGUAAUUGAUUUUAAAAAGUAUUGAUAAUUUAUAUCAUUUUUAUCAAUAAACAAAUAAUUUCCGAAAAACAAA